AUGCGGGGACUUAGGGAUAGCUGCAGCAGGAAAAUUCGUAGGGGGGACUACGUUGAUGUCUUCGUCUUGACCAAAGACGCUAAAAAAGAUUUUAAGGCGGCAACCGCUAAGAAGGGCAUAGGGGCCGAGGCGUUCCGUACGUUCGAUAACUGGCUGGCGGGCUUCUGGGUUUUCGCGGCUUGUUACCUCGAGGACAGGCCAGAUGAACACAUGAAUGUCAUUCGGUACCUGCAUCUCGUGCACGAUAUGCAACGCACGUUGGCGGGUGACGAAUGGCGGCGCAUUAAAGGAGAAACUUUGUUUGACAUCAGUAUCGGAUCCAUCGUUCAUCAACUUUUUGAUAUCACUGAUUAUUUUAAAGAGAUCGUUAUUCUAAAAUUAAGAGAGUCAUGUAUUAUGGAACUCCCCAAAUGGGUGAACACCCGCACUGGGGCUUUCAGUUGGACUCAUGCAUGUAAGGCUCUUACCGAACUGGGUGGCAUCAGUGACCCAGAAGAGGUACAGGAAGAAAAGUUAAAGGAAACAAUUAAACGUAUUGUGAAAAUUGACUUCAGCAAAGAAAAUCUCACUGAUCCAGAGGUGUUGCCACCAGCCGACUGUAUACUCACGGUGUGGGUACUGGAUGUUAUUAGUCAUGACAAACAAGAUUACAUCAGUAACCUGAGGAAGAUGUCAAAGCUGCUUAAGCAUGGGGGACACUUAAUUAUAAUUGGGUCCAUAAAUAUCACUUAUUUCACCGCUGGUAAUGAAAGGCUAUAUGCAUUGAAUUAUGAUGAGUGUUUUGUAAAAAAGACCCUCACUGAUGAAGGAUAUGAAAUUGAGUCCUGUGAGUUGCUUGAUAGAAAAGUAGAGAGUGAUCUUGUAGAUUAUAAGAAAUUUAUGGUCCUUACUGCUGUAAAAGGGAAUAUUAAAGUUGUCUGAGUAGCGGUUACUGGCUGAAUGGAUGAUUCCUUCAAAAGUUUCUUAAUAAUUAUUGUUCUGCCUUAGUUAUUCCUUCCU